ACACACACACACACACACGCAGUAACACGGACUGCCUUUGAAAAAAUAAAAUAAAAUAAAAUAAAAUAUACAGCCAGGGAAUUAACUGAUAACGUCCCACAAAUCCACAGUAAUUAGGAGGAUUUUAAAGACUUUCCUCUGGCACUGCUGUCAGUCCUGUGUGACCACGUUGUUUGCGAGCUGAUCAGCUGACUCCGGCGGGCGGAGGAGGAGGAGGAAAGAAGAUGGAAGGGAACAGAGACGAGGCAGAAAAAUGUAUGAAAAUAGCGACGAAAGCCCUCGAAGCCGGAGACAAAGAGAAAGCGGUGAAGUUCCUUAACAAAGCAGAGAAGCUGUACCCGACGGACAGAGCCAAAGCUUUGUUGGAAGCAUUAACGAAGAAUGGGAGCUCAGCGGGUAAUGGCGCAUAUCGAAGGAGACCAGCAGAAAGCUCGGAAAGCACAAGUGCCCAGCCAGAAAGGGAAAGCCAAGAGUCUGGAAGUGAUUCUUCCAAAGGCUUCACCAAAGACCAAGUCGAAGGUGUGCAAAGAAUAAAGCGGUGUAAGGACUACUAUGAAGUGCUGGGUGUCAGUAAAGAAGCCAGUGAGGAUGAGCUCAAGAAAUCCUACAGGAAACUAGCGCUCAAGUUCCAUCCGGACAAAAAUCGUGCACCUGGAGCAACAGAGGCCUUUAAAAAGAUUGGGAAUGCAUAUGCAGUGCUGAGCAGCCCAGACAAAAGACGGCAGUAUGACCUGACCGGAGGGGAGGAGCCAAGCAGCCCGGGUCACUCACACGGAGGAGGCUUCGACUUCCACAGGGGCUUUGAGGCUGACAUCACUCCUGAGGACGUCUUCAACAUGUUCUUUGGAGGCGGCUUCCCCUCCUCAAGUGCGCACACCUUCACCAACGGCAGAACGAGUUACAGCCAUCAGACAGAUUACCGACAAGAGAGAACGGAAGAAAGAGGAGAUGGUGGUUUCUCAAUGUUUAUCCAGCUGAUGCCCAUCGUGGUCCUGAUUUUAGUGUCAAUACUGAGCCAGAUGAUGGUGUCCCCUCCAGCUUACAGCCUCUACUCUAGACCGUCCACGGGUCAGACCUUAAAAAGGCAGACAGAAAACCUGCAUGUCGACUACUACGUCACUAGAGAGUUCAAGUCCGAGUAUAAGGGCUCGGCGCUGCAGCAGAUUGAGAAAAAUGUGGAGGAGGACUAUGUAGCUACUGUCAGAAAUAAAUGCUGGAAGGAGAAACAGACAAAAACAGACCUGCUGUACGCUGCUAAGGUAUACAGGGACGACCGAAUGCGCAAGAAGGCAGAGCUCAUGACCAUGGAUAACUGCAGGAAGCUGAACAGACUAAAUAACCUAUUCAGAGGAGGAUGAGUCGGAUCCUUUUAGAUUAUCCUGACCCCAGGAAUCGCCUUGUUACAAUUUAAUGAACCAAUCUGCACACACUGUAGAAAGCCCCGGACAUUUUCUUUUGUUUACUCUGCGUUUCUUGUGUUUUCCUGGAAGCAAGAAGGACAAGGACACUUGAUUGUAAAGGCGUGUGCUUCGAGUAGUGAGGACCCGAAGAGGCAUUCCCGCAGAAGCAAAUAACUCUCUGAAGGUCAAACAACAGCUUUCGUCGUCAUCUGCUUGACAUUAAUAUUAAGAUGGGAGACUUUAAUAGGAUCAUCUGGAGGUGCUGUCCUCCAGCCAAAUCCAUUUUUUGAGGAACGCAAAAACAAAAGAAGGAAAUAAAUAACACAGAAUGCUGCUUUUAGCUUCCUGCUGAACUGGGAAGUGCAGAUGGAGAUCAGUGGAUCAAGAAGAGUCACCUAUGAUUUUGCUACUAGAGAACAUUUUUAUGUUGUCCACUUCAGAAUGUGAAGAUGGUUAGGACUUAACAUGGAAGGACACUGAGACUUUUAUUCAUAUAAAUGGUUGUACAUUUUCAUUUUGGAAUGUUUGAGAUUUAUGCAGAUAUUUAAGUAACAAUAGAAGAAAGUUUUUCUUCAUUGCUCGCCUAAUCAUUUAAAUAAAGUAAAAUUAUCAUAGACUGGAUGUAUUUGUUUCUUUGAUUUGGACUUUAAAGCCUCGAUUCAACCGAAUUACAAAAAAACUUUUUUUUUUUUUAUUCCCACUUACAUCAAGUGGUAUGAAUCCAUGGAGACCGUUUUGGUUUAAUUUGCCCAAGUUUUGAAAAGUGCUUCUGAGAUUUCUGCUUCUGACCAAUUCAGUGGGCAGUGGGAUAUUUCUUUUGUACAAAAUGAUUAGCCAAUGAAUUGAUAGGUUGAUCUAUAGAAAAUUGAUCAGGCAACUAUUUUGAUAAUUGAUUCAUCAUUUUA